AUGCAUUUAGUUGACGAUUUCGAGCGGAAUCUGUGCAUGAUCGAGAAGAUAGGCAUUCCAACGGACGGUUGGAGUGUAUUGCUGGCACAUAUGACUUGUAGUCGCCUAGAUGCGUCGACGUUGAAGCAAUGGGAAAUUCAACACAAAUCCACGGAAGUUCCCAAAUACAAUGAUAUUAUAACAUUCCUUCGCAUACAGCUUACAGUGUUACAAUCUUUGACAUUGUCGAAGUCACGUUCGGUCGAUCCAGUCAGAUUCGAUUCAAAUAGAUCACAGAAAUCUAAGAUAAAUACAGUCCACACAACUACCAAUACCACAUCAUCUCCUGGCUCAUGCCCUUUUUGUUUGGAAUCAUCGCAUUCGCCAUUCAAGUGCGAAUCAUUCCAGAAAUUGUCGGUAGCCCAACGCUUCGAACAGGUGAAAAAGAAAAAUCUGUGCAUCAACUGUUUUUCCUCCUCCCACCUACUCAGAAAUUGUUCUUCCGGUGCUUGCAGAGUAUGCAACCAAAAGCAUCACACUAUGCUCCACCAACCAUCGCAAGAUCGCUUGUCCACUCAAUCGAAACCACACACCUCUGCUGUUUUGACCACUUCGCCAUCGCAUCAAAUUGAUCAGUUCAGCUUAUCAAACCAACCGUCACAACCACGGUUAUCAUCGUCCACAGAAUCUCAAUUGCCUUCAACCUCGGCCCAAACUAGCCUCGUGUCCACCACUCUCCUUGGUAGCAGUCAAAGGAUGCCUGCUACAGUUCUGCUGCAAACCGCAAUCAUCAAGGUUUUCGGUUCUGGUGGAGACGCCCUGUGGGCCAGGGCACAGUUGGAUCCUGCGUCGCAGUUGUGCUUAAUUACUGAAAACAUGGUCCAGAAAUUAAAGCUUCGUCGCUAUCCAAAUCGCCAAGAAAUUGGUGGAGUUGGAAACACUCUCGUCGUGUCGUAUCAUGCUGUUGACGUUCGGAUAGGAUCUCAUUGUACGAAAUUUAUGGUUGAGGAAUCUUGUCAAAUAUUGAAGAAAAUCACUCGUGAGCUUCCAGUGAACCCUGUUGAUUCGUCCACUUGGAAUAUUCCAUCCGAAGUCAUACUGGCUGAUCCAAAGUUCUAUGCGCCAGGGCCAACAGAUUUGCUUCUGGGAAUGGAACUAUAUUUCGAUCUUCUUCUUGAAGGAUUAAUAAAACUGGGCCCUGAGAAGCCAGUUCUUCAAAAUACUGUUUUCGGAUGGGUAGCAUCCGGAAAAGUAGGAGCUCACCACCCACGUACCCAACACAAGUUAGCUCACGUGUGCAGCGCAGAAUCAGUCGAUGAUCCAAUCUCUCGCUUUUGGGAAAUAGAAUCUUGUUGGUCCAAUAGUAUACGAUCCCCAGAUGAAACUUUCUCCGAGGAGCAUUUUGUUGCUAACACCUUUCGUGACGAAUCUGGAAGAUUUGUCGUUACCUUACCGAAACGCCCAGAUAUAUUGUCUCAACUCGGGAGUUCCAAGGAAAUAGCCACUCGAAGGUUCCUUGCCCUUGAACGCAGACUUGAUGCGAACCUCCCACUCAAAGAAGCGUACACUUCAUUUGUUGCUGAGUAUUUGCAACUCAAUCACAUGCGUGAGAUCGACGACACGGAUAACAGAUUUCCGUCUUACUACUUACCUCAUCAUGGAGUAGAGAAGGUGGAUAGUACAACCACUAAAUUACGGGUGGUCUUUGACGCCUCUUGUCGAACGGACAGCGGAUUUUCGCUGAAUCAGGCGUUAAUAGUGCGACCGGUUCUACAGGAUGACAUUCUAGACAUUUCGCUUCGCUUCAGAAUUCAUCAGUUUGCUAUUAUUACGGAUGCUGAAAAGAUGUAUCGGCAGAUCCGCCUCCACCCUGACGAUUUUCCACUGCAUCGGAUUCGCUGGCGGUCCUCUUCCUCGGAACCGCUGAAAACGUUUGAACUAACCACAGUCACCUACGGUACUGCCUCGGCGCCAUACUUGGCUACAAGAUGUCUCCUUGAGUUGUCGAAACAGGGAACUAAUGAAUUUCCUCUAGCCGCGAAAGUCCUGUCGAAGGAUUUUUACAUGGAUGACAUGCUUACCGGUGUCGAUGAUGAAGAAGAGGGAAAAUACUUGUGCAGGCAACUGCGAAGCCUGUUACAAUCUGCAGGUUUUAAUCUACGCAAAUGGGCGUCGAACUCGAUAACUAUAUUAUCAACCAUACCUCCCGACCAACGCGACGAUCGAGCAGUAAUAGCACUGGACUCACCAGCAACCAUAAAAACCCUUGGACUAAUAUGGGAGCCAUCGACCGAUUUACUCCACUACUCUGUUCCUAAUUGGUCCCAAACAGAAAACAUCACAAGACGAACCGUAUUGUCGGAUACAGCAAAGCUAUUCGACCCUCUCGGCCUGAUUGGGCCGGUGAUAGUCCUUGCCAAGAUAUUUGUUCAAUCUCUCUGGCGAACUUCUACAUCCUGGGACAAUCCACUAGAUGAGUAUCAACAGCAGCAUUGGUUGGAGUUCCGCAGUAGUUUGCAAGGAUUAGUAUCUAUUACCAUCCCAAGGUGGGCAACCCCUUCCUUCAAUCGCGUAGUGCUUGAAAUGCACGGGUUCUCGAUGAUCACUCUACAUUGGCUUCGGUCGACACCAUCUAGAUGGAAAACCUUCAUCGCAAACCGUGUUUCUGAAGUGCAGCAUCUCACACAAAGCGGUAUUUGGGCGCACGUUCCAGGCAUCGAAAAUCCUGCAGACAUAAUUUCCCGUGGUAUGAGGCCAGCACAAUUGCAAGAAACCGCAUCCUGGUGGAAUGGUCCACCCUGGCUCAGCCAACCAUCGCGUUUUUGGCCACCUCUAAUUCCACAAACUUCCGUCGAAUUGCCGUCAGAAAUGCUGGAAGAAAGGACAGUUUCUCUGCCAGUGCGGGUGCACCCUCCGAAUGAAAUCUUUUUCUUACGAUCGUCGUUUCCGGCGCUUGUUCGUCUCAUUGCACUUCUUCGUCGCUUCAUUCAUAACAGCAAGCUUAUCAAUCGCUCAAAUCGACGAUAUGGUUUCCUACAAGCUUCAGAACUCACGGAAGCCUCCAACAACCCAGUUCGACUGGCACAACUCGAGUCUUUCAACAAGGAUAUCGCUGCUGUGGCUAAAAAUGGCCAGGUUGACUCACACUCUGAUCUACGAACACUUGCACCAAUUCUCAUAAACGGAAUUCUAAGACUUCGUGGCCGACUCAGGCAUGCGGCCAUAUCCGAAGAUAGUAAACAUCCGAUAAUCCUACCUGCACGACAUCCACUAACUACGUCUAUUGUGACCUACUAUCACCUGAAAAAUCUUCACGCCGGUCCUCAGCUGCUUGUAGCAUGUGUCCGGGAAAAAUUCUGGCCACUUCGCAUUCGAAAUUUAGCACGAAGAGUAGUGCACUCAUGUGUGAACUGUUUUCGCUGUCGUCCUCGUACCCUCGAUCAGAUCAUGGGAGAUCUGCCUUCAGAACAAGUUACUCCAACGUUACCCUUCCUCAAUACUGGAGUGGAUCUUUGUGGACCGUUCCAGUAUCGCAAAGCCAGCAGGGCUCCACCAAUAAAAUGCUACGUAGCCAUCUUUGUUUGCCUUGUCACCAAGGCAGUUCAUGUGGAGCUAGUCUACGAUCUCUCCACUCAAGCGUUCAUAGCAACGCUACAUCGAUGUGUCGCCCGAAGAGGAAAACCGAACCUCAUAGAAUGCGACAAUGCCAAUAACUUCAAGGGUGCUGUGAGGGAACUAAAAGCGAAAUAG